GCUGGCUUGACUGCCCACCAAACUGCCGGCCCUUCUUGAUGUUCUGAGCCAUGGAUGCCAUUGACAGCGACACUCUUCAGGUCGUGGGGUUGUCCUUGGUCGCUGGAUGGGGGGUAUGGCAGGUGGGGUCAUGGACUAUCUCCUGCUGCUGCAACUGCUGUAGGAAGCAACCAACUCCUCCUGCGCCAGCCAGAGUGGUGUCCGUUCAGGUGGAGGGCCAACCUAUGUCCGUGGACUACCUGGUUCGGUCCAAGGAGAAAGGAACAGUCUACGCACUUUGGUUGAUGUUGGGCUUGUUUGGGGGCCAUCACUUCUACCUGGAUCGCCUGCUGCAUGGCUGCGUCGCGGUUGUGACACUGAACUUUCUGGGCCUGGGCUGGCUCGUGGAUUUGUUCUGGCUGCCGUACUACACCAGAUCCUGCAACAGCAGAGUUCCGGCGGAGGUGGCCGUGAAAGAUGGAAGCUGUUCCAGGCUUUGUUGCUGCAUGCCAAUGGUAGGGCUGGUGGUGGUGGGUGGUUUUCUUUUCGUAAUCUUUGGAAUGCCAACGGCAUUGCACAAUACGGGGGUCAUCGACCUCGAACGGAAGCUGGCAGGAACGGCUGGCAACCCCUAUGUAAUUCUUGACAUCGACAAGUACGCGUCUUCAGAUGAAGUCUGGAAGGCGUACACCCUCCAGUCACGGGAAGUGGAGAGCUCCAAGGAGUGCAAAGUGGGGGCGUCCAAAAGCGAGAGCAAGGUGUGCAGAAUGAAGAAGAAGGACUUGAAGAAGGCUGCGGAAUUCAUCACCGGCGCCAGCAGCGAGGCAACCCAGGCUUCGCGGGCGAAGCGGAAGAAGAAGAAAAGGUCUUCCGGAGACGAUGAUCAUGACGAGUUCGACAUUUGGUUUGAACGCAGGAGGGAAGAGUGGAGUGCAUUGGUGGAUGAGGUGAGGGAAAGCAGCACUCGCUGGUUCAGCUCCGAGAAGGCGGGUGAUGAGUUGUAGCCUUUCACCUGUCACUGCCUUCAGAAGACUGUCGGCGGC